CCAGCUCCUUCCUGGGACUAUCUUCGAAAGGCAAGCGAAGCGCCCGAACUUUUGGGAACGCCUCGAGGCCUGCUGGUAAUCUUGGACACCAAUGGCACCUUGUUGUCCCGCCAAAAAGCCAAAGGUCGAUCCAGUCUUAUACCGCGCCCUGGGGUUGCGCGAUUCCUGGACUAUCUUCUGAAAAGGCACAAAGUCAUGAUCUGGUCUUCCGCUGGCCUUGGUACAGUGAACACGAUCUGUCACCAGCUCCUCCUUCCCAAGCAGAUCCGACGGCUAGUUGCAAUCUGGAGCCGCGAUGAUCUAGGCAUGACUCCCGAACAAUAUCGAUCUAAGGGACCAAUCUUCAAACGUCUUUCACGUGUCUGGCAGGAUUCGGAUAUCCAGCAGCACCGUGCAGUCGCAACCCAGGCAUGGAGUCAGCAAAACACCGUCCUCAUCGAUAACACUCCCGACAAGGCGGCGAGCGAGCCCUACAACAACAUUGCCAUCCGCACCUUUGCCGGCGGCAACAGUGAGGCCGAGGACGAUCUUUUUGGUCCAGUCAUUGAGUAUCUCGACAUGCUCCGUUCACAGCGAAACGUGAGCGCCUACAUCCGG